AUGGUUAUUCAACAACCUAGCUCACAAAUAAAGCUUACUAAUGUGUCAGUCGUUCGUCUUCGAAAGGGCGGUAAACGUUUUGAACUGGCGUGUUAUAAAAAUAAAGUAAUGGAAUGGAGAAGCAAUGUAGAAACAGAUCUAGACGAAGUAUUACAGAUUCAUAAUGUAUUUACCAAUGUGUCCAAAGGGCAACUUGCAAGCAAGGAAGACUUAAAAAAAUGCUUUAAAACAGAAGAAGUAGAUAAAGUGAUCCAAGAGAUUCUGAAGAAGGGUGAAUUGCAAGUUGCAGAAAAGGAAAGAUCAAAUCAACUGGAAACUCUGUGGAAAGAUAUUGCCAACAUUGUGACAGACAACUGUGUGAACCCUCAAACAAAACGUCCAUAUACAGUCACAAUGAUCGAAAAGGCAAUGCAAGACCUUCAUUUGAGCGUCAAUCCUAAACGUAGCGCCAAAUCUCAAGCAUUAGAUGUGAUCAAGCAACUGCAAGAGAAACAGGUACUGCCUAUCCAACGUGCACAGAUGCGUAUCAGAAUCACAUUACAACAAUCAAAAGAAUCAAAAAAACUACGCGAGAGUAUCUUGCCUCUGCUGACAUCCGUUGAAGAUGAAGAUGCAGGAUCAUCCGAGAUUGAAUUGGUUGCAUUGGUUGAUCCUGGUAAAUAUCGUACAAUCAAUGAUUUAUUACAAAACGAAUCCAAAGGAAAAGGACAGUUAGAAAUCAUGAAUCUAAGAGAAAAGGAAGAAGGAGAUGAAAGGUUUUAA